CUCACCCUCGCUCCGUAGCACCGUGACGGCCGUGUAACAUAGCUCGUUGCCAACACUUGGGAGGCGGCAUGCAGCGCGCGCCUCACCACAAGAGCCGAGCAAGAGGCGGGCAGCGGCAGGGAAUGAAGAGAGAAGGGACCCGAGUGUUUGCCCGGCUCCACCACAACACCCUCUCCUCCAUGCACUCCACCUCCGCGGGCGCACGAGAAUCAGGAAACACACACAAGGGAUUACCAUCACAAGAGACACUUGCUCCGACCCUAAUCCCUUGUCAAGCCGUACAAUGCCAUUUGGCCAAUUUGCGUGUUAAAGAAGUAAGAGAACGACAGACGACAGGAGAAAGCCGGGUCAGGGUGAGGCGUGUGAAGGACAUCAACCCUUCCUCAGGUGUGCCCAUUAAGCCCAACACUCACCUACCAAAGCCCUGCCCAGCAUCCCAGGAAUCCUUCAGCUUGUCAGGAGAAGACUGUAUCGGAGGUAAGGUGGCAAUCGUUGGGGCGUCGAUCAGCGUCACCAUCUGGCCAGGAGUUGAAUCUCGGCCAGGAAGCAGCUGACGCGGGGCGCUCACCUGCCGAUCCAUCACGGGCCCAGGUAAUCGUUGUGACCUGGACGCUGCCGUGGCCCGCUGGUGCUGGUGGUGACGAGACAGUGACAGACAGAUGCAAAGAGUAAUAUAGAAUCAUUUACUGACCAUGCCAUUUUAAUUUUACUGAAACAUUUAUAUGAUGGAAUGUUAGGUAAGGAGUCAUUUGAUAUUGAUGUUGUUUGAGUGAUAGUGACGAAACACUGACGGAUGAAGAGACUGAUGAAGAAUGAUUUACCUACCAUGACGUUUUAUUCUUACUGAAGCAUAAUUAUUUACAUGAAGGAAUAUUUAAAACGUAGUAGGAAUUCGAUCGUUAAUGCUGCCGGAGUGAGAAACGAAGCCAAGACAGACAU